AUGUCUACUACCACAAAUGUAGACCCUCCUCAGGCGGAUGUAAUACACAAAAGGGUAUUCGGAAAUCGCAUUUUUAUAUUAAAUCGACCAGUUGUUCAUAAUGCCCUGGAUCUUAGCAUGAUCAGAAAUAUGACACCUCAACUACAGGCUUGGAAUGAAUCGGAUCUAUGUAAAGUCAUUAUUCUUAAAGCUACUGGAAACAAGGCAUUCUGUGCUGGUGGAGAUGUUAAAAGUGUUAUUAAUGAUAUGGAACAAGGCGAAUAUCAACGCGCCGUAAAAUUUUUUGAAGAAGAAUAUCAGCUUAAUCAUCUUAUUGCCACAUUAGAUAAGCCGUUUGUUUCAUUCUUAGACGGCAUCACCAUGGGCGGUGGUGUUGGCCUUUCCGUUCAUGCUCCAUUUCGUGUCGCAACGGAAAACACUGUGUUUGCCAUGCCCGAGACAAAAAUCGGGUUUUUUCCUGAUGUUGGUGGUUCUUUCUUUUUGCCAAGGUUGGACGGCGAAGUCGGGACUUAUUUAGCUUUGACAGGCGCCUCAUUGAAGGGUCUAGAUGUUUUCUUAUCUGGGAUAGCAACACACUAUGUUCCAUCACAACGACUGCCACUUUUAGAAAAUCGUUUAAGUGAGAUUGAAUGUGAUGACCAUGAAGUUAUCAACGCAGUAAUUGAAGAAUUUGUCGCAGAAUGUAAUCGCGAUCACUCUUAUGCCCUUGGUGGAAAUGUCAGAAAGUCAAUUGAUCGAUGUUUCAAGGAAGAUAGUGUUGAAGACAUCUUAAAAGCUUUGGAACAAGAAAACUCAGAUUGGUCUAGGGAGACGAUAAACACACUUUUACGAAUGUCACCCACCAGUUUGAAAGUUGCAUUGAAAGAAGUACGUAAAGGCAAGGAUAUGGUCAUAACUGAUUGUUUUAAAAUGGAGUACAGACUCGGACAGAAAUUCUUGAAAAAGUCUGAUUUUGCGAGAGGUGUCAAACACCUUCUUUUUAAUAAAGACAAAACACCGCCAAAAUGGGAUCCACCAUCUUUGGAAGAAGUCACUGAUAUUGAAUUUUAUUUUGAACAUUCUGGUACACAAGAACUUGAACUGCUGAACAUACGAUCGUUUGAAAACUAUCCAUUUUCGAGAUUUAGUCUUCCGCCUGAAGAAGAAAUUCGAAAGGUCGUCACCGGUGAGAACAUGAGUAAAGAGGACGUUGUGGAUUUUUUCCUCAAAGAUCGUAAAUUUAAAAUUGGAGUACGUGAGAAAGUAUUAGAAGUUUUAAAUAGGAAGGCUAUCUUAUUAGGUGGACAAGAAGGAUUAGGAUGGGUGAAAGAUUAA